AUGACCGCAUUGACAAUUUCCCUAUUGUGUAUCCAAGCUUAUUUACUCCAGAAUGUCCUCGGUCAAUGUUUAGAGCCAGGUAUCGGUCUUGCAGCGGGCUUAGUACCAGAAAUUGGAUUUGGUUUGGGCCCUGGAGUUCCUGAGGCAUACGGACCCGGUAUAGCUCCAGGUUUUGGUUACGGUUAUGGAUUUGGGCCUGCGCCGUAUGGUCCUGGUCCUUAUGGUCCUGGUCCUGCUUAUGGUCCUAGUUACGGUGGCGCUGGGAUAGGUGAUGUAGCUGUCGCUGGAGAGAUGCCAGUCGCUGGAACGACCGUUGUGGCAGGACAAGUGCCGAUACUUGGAGCGGUUCAGUUCGGUGGUGAUGUACCAGCUGGUGGUAUAGUCACCAUUUCUGGGAGAUGUGGUUGUGGGUGCAAUGGACCGUAUAUGUAUUAA